CAGAGUUUGUCGGGCAGCGCCAGUGGUCACGAUCGGCCACGGAAGAGGGUGGCAUGGCUGACCUCACGUGCAGGGCUCGUGGCGUCCCCAACGUCACCUUCCAGUGGUCCAGGCUGGAUGGACGUGACCUGAACCCCAUCGCCGGCUCUGACAAGCUUCAGUACGAAUACACACAGCUGGACCUCAUGACGUGGCAGUCGGUGCUCCGCAUCAAGGACGUGCAGCCCUCGGACUACGCCACCUACGAGUGUGUCGCCCUCAACGAGCUGGGCUCCCAGCGUCAGCAGAUAGAGCUGGGCCGUCCCAGUGCACCGGACCCUCCGCUGGGUCUGAAGGUAGUCAACGUGUCACACGACUCGGCCACAGUGGCCUGGGAAGCCGGCUUCGACGGCGGCCUUCCUCAGGUUUACCAGCUACGAUAUUAUCCCAUGUCGGGCAAGAGACACCUGAGUUAUGUCAAGGUGCAGCCUCCGAAUGCCACGACCUUCACUGUGGACAAGCUGGCCCCUGACACGGCCUACAGUUUUGAUGUCAGAGCAUACAACAAGAUAGGAAAGAGCACGUAUUCGAUGGCUGUAGAAGGCAUCACUAUGCGUGAUGUGGCCUCGGCCGAGCACGAGCAGCUGACGCUGGAGCAGGGGCAGCUCCCGUGGACGGUCGUCAUAGCCAUCUCGGCCGUCGGAGGUGUGCUGCUGGUGCUGAAUGCCCUCCUCAUCGUCUUCUUCGUGAGACGACGCAGGCAGAGGACCAAGAACAGCACCAUCGACUCAGCCUCGACGAGCGACACCAGCACAAAGUCAGAGGCAGCGCACAUGUACGGCGCUAACAACGACUCUGCCAGCUCCCCGUCCGUCAACAGCUGCGGCAGCUUCAGCCGCGGAGACAGCCUCGAAGAGUGUGCCGUGCUGUCCAGCAGUGGUGGAGGUACUGCCGGGUUCGGCCCCUGCGUGGGCGUUCCACUGAUGGAUCCCGUGGCGGCCUCUCCAGCGGACCUGUACGUCCUACCGACGUCACGCGGGGCUGCCGGACGGCCGUUGGGCGUGCCGUCCUCCCCAGCAGCCGUGACACCAUCUCCAAGCUCUCAGACACUUCUGAGGAGCUCAUCUCGCCUGCAGCAGCCGCUGACCACCGUCUCGAGUAGCCAGACUCUGUGCCGGAGCGGUCACCGCCGUCUCCCGACCGUCGGCAGUCCCCCGGGCCCGCUCUCUGCCGGCGUGCAGUACGGACUGGCCAUGGCGCCCGACGAGCACUACCUGUCCCCUGGAGUUCGGCCGUCCUCAGCCGAACACUACCUGUCACCCCCGGCCAGGUCACCGACCGGGCGGUAUCUACCAACCUCGACAGUACCGCUGGCAGCCGAGCACUACCUGACACCGUCCACACGGCUGGCAUCGGCACAGACAUCUGCGACUCUGACGCCGACACGAACAAACGAAACCCAGGAACAACAGGAGCCACAACAGUUCUGGUUCCGCUCCGACCAGCGGCCGGUGGUGCAGGCGCAGUACUCGUUCGCGCACGCGCCUCCAUUCUCCCAGCCGGCCGGACACUUCCCCUAUCUAUAGCGUGGGGACAAAGACGAAGCCUUGAUGGCGAGCGGGGAGACCAUGCGUCCUGAAAGAGAUGUGCUGGCGCUCUGGGUGCCUCUAAAAGAAGGACCAAUGCGGCGGAAGUGUGCGAGGUGAUGGCUCAAGAUUGCGUUUUAGGACUGCGUGACUGCGCUCUCGGUGCUGCACGAUAUGUCGUCUGAGAUUCCGACACGCUCUACGGAUUGAUGCAAUUGAGAGCGGGAACGACUCGCACUGAUCUAACUAUUGGCUGUGAUUUCCUUGACUACGCUCGUUAGUCCCGGGAACGAUAGCCUCACGGUGCGAGGGGCGUGCCGGCGUGUAGGGCCGUCUGAUGGUUCUGGUUCUCCGCUAGUGGCGGUACAGUUGCGGACUCAGUGACUUCCAGGCCGUAGUGGAAAUGACGAGCAAAGUGGACUCUUGGAUUUGUAGGUAUAUGCGUCAUCGUAUAUGGGAUGGAUUUGGAAUGUGCAGAAGGCUGGUAGUCGUGGAUAUGAGAACGAUGCAUUGAAUCUGCUUAUUGUAUUAUUGUGUGUAUAUUUGUGUAAUAUCUACCUAUGUGUUAUAGAACGGCUCCUUUUGUGUCAGUCAUCUAUGUCCUUCGUGUUCAGUCAAGGCGCAUGGUGGACGUUGGGCCCAUUAAACUACCAAGUGUCCGAAGUUCGUUGUAAAUGGUACCCAUUAUUUAAUAAUCAGUUGCUCUUACAACUAAUUGUCACAGUUCCAACUUAUGACUGAUUCAAAAGAUGAAAUGGCCCUGGUCCCUAAAUCAGAGAUAUUUACCGUGGUUUGAAACUGCAUAGUUUGAAGGCCUUGACACGUGUAUGCUUAUGUUGCAUCCUCGCUUAGCUGUAUAAAUGCGCUGUAUUCACUAUUUGAAAACGACAAGGCACCUCUGUUGUACCCUAGUCACGCCUUUAGCUGCUGCAUUUCAGGCUAUGCAAUGCUGUAAAUAGAUCAAAUAAUUCAAAUAUGGUAUACAAAGCUUGCAAUCUCUGAAGUGUUUAGCAAUAAAUUGUUUUAAACUGUUAA